AUGCCUGGAAACUUGGUGACUUGUCUCGGCAUAAGUACCAAGCGCAUGAAGAUCUCACGCCGUCGGCUGAAUGCUGACGGCCGCACCACAUGCACCGAGGACAAGAUCCUGUCCAUCGAGAUCAAGCGCGGCUGGAAGGAGGGCACCAAGAUCACGUUCCCACGGGAGGGCGACGAGUCCCCCGGCUGCAUCCCCGCCAACAUCGUCUUCGUCAUCAAGGACAAGCCGCACCCGCACUUCAGGAGGGAAGGGUCCGACAUCGUCUACCCCGUCCGCAUCAGUCUGCGCCAGUCAUUGUGUGGUUGCUCGGUUACGGUCUCCACGAUAGACGGGAAAACGUGCAAUAUGAAGAUCACGGAGGUCAUCAAACCGGGAAUGAGGAAGAUCGUAGCGGGACAGGGGCUGCCCUUCCCCAAGAACCCUGAGCAAAGAGGAGAUCCCAUAGUCGAGUUUGACGUGAACUUUCCGGACAGUCUGCCGUCCAUCGCCAAGGACGUGCUGAAACGCCAUUUACCCGCUUGAUGAAGGGAACGCAGCAGGACUGCGGCGGCGUUAAACGGCGCACCACACUGACGCUCGCCAUCUCUCCCGAUCCAACACUCGGACAAAUCGCCACUACGCCCCAUAAACAAUGUGCAAUUUCUAUUUUUUAUCUAGUUAGUCAGUGUUUGUGCUUUUUUAAAAAAUAUGUUGCAUGCCCAAAUAAAGUCAUAAACGUGCAAGUGGAAUCUUCAUCUCUGAAAGUAAACGUCAGAUUUGACUCCUUUACUCGCAGCCUGCAUUGUUUUCCUUCUUAUUUGAAUGGGUAAUGUUGGAGUAAGGCGUGUACCGAUAUUCGAAUAUCAUGAUUAUACGAUAUACCGCAAUAUUCAGCACAAUAUUAUUAUCAUGGACAGGUCAAAAUAUUGAAGUGCAGUUAGGAGCCUGAUUCAGAUUUUUUAAAGGCUGCUUUCUAACGUGGUUUAUUUGGAAAAAUCUGAAAGCAAAACACUGUAGGUAUCUUUGUAAAAUACAGAAUAUGCUUACAGAGGAAUCUCAAACACAUUUAACCACAAGUGGCUGUAUAGGAAUAUCCAUUUAACUUCCCGUCUCAUAGCUAAUGUUUUAUUUCUUUAUUCUUAGUGAGCCAUCAAACUUCAUAAAUUGUAUUUGUGAAUUUCCAUACACCUAAUGUGGUCUCACUUGCUAAAGCAGACAGCCUUGAACCAAGGUCACAUUUAUAAAAAAUCAGAAACGUGGACUGUACAGGUGCAUUUUUAUUCUCCCAAAAUGCAAAAAAUGUAGAUGUUAAUAUUGAGCCUUAGCCUAACAGUUAUGUAGUGAAAAAGUGCAUUUUGUGCCAAAGAUACA